GCACUUAAAACUAUUUUUUCGAAAGCUUCUGAUGAGCAAAUUUCGAAGUACGAGAGACAACUUGCAAACGUAAAAAUUCUUGAUCCGGUUCUUAUAAUUGUUCCGAAUCAGAAUUGGAUCCAUCAACAUGAUGAAAACUCACGUGCCAUUUUUCACUUUACCAGUAAUACCGAGCUUUAUACCGUGCGACGCAAUAUUGAAAAUCUUUUCCCUAAUGCAUUCAUGGAUCAACUCUCCUUUCAAGCUUCGACCCCUAAUCCUCGAUUAUAUCCAAUUGGAAUGGCCUGGAUAUUGACAAAUGUAGCAAAACGUAAAAGUGAUUUUGGAGAAGAUGAUAAAUUCUUUUAUUCUCGUUGA